CCGGCGGGCGCGGGGAGCGGGGCGCAGGGCGCGGGGCGCGGGCGGCGCUCGCCUCCGCCAAGCCGCCCCCUGGCCGCGGCCGCCGCGCGUCGCCCGGCCGGAGUGCGACGCGGCAGCCCGAAUCCAGACACCGGUCCCGAGCGCCCCGCGGGCGGGCGGGCGGCUGUGGACGCCCGGCCGGCAGCAUGGAUUCGGAUUCCGGGGAGCAGAGCGAGGGCGAGCCCGGGACCGCCGCAGGUCCUGAUGUUUUUAGUUCAAAGAACCUUGCCCUUCAAGCCCAGAAGAAGAUUCUGAGCAAAAUAGCCAGCAAAACUGUGGCCAACAUGCUAAUUGAUGACACCAGCAGCGAGAUCUUUGAUGAGCUCUACAAAGUCACCAAAGAGCACACACACGACAAGAAGGAAGCCCACAAGAUCAUGAAAGACUUAAUCAAGGUGGCGAUCAAAAUUGGGAUCCUCUACCGGAACAACCAGUUCAGCCAGGAGGAGGUUGUUAUCGUGGAGAAGUUCAGGAAGAAGCUGAACCAGACCGCCAUGACCAUCGUCAGCUUCUAUGAGGUGGAAUACACCUUCGAUAGAAACGUGCUCUCCAAGCUCCUACACGAGUGCAAGGACCUGGUGCAUGAACUGGUACAGCGACACCUGACGCCCAGGACCCAUGGGCGCAUCAACCAUGUCUUCAACCACUUUGCUGAUGUGGAGUUCCUCUCCGCCCUUUAUAGCCUGGAUGGAGACUGCAGGUCCAACCUCAAGAGGAUUUGUGAAGGAAUCAAUAAAUUGCUAGAUGAGAAAGUCCUCUGAAUGCCUUCCCUCCUCCUGGACUUGGCUGCCUUCAUGUCACAGCACCCAGCGUGUUCCAGGUGAGAAUCAGGAAAACAAGAAGAAACCCUUGUCAAAGAUGCCCGUGUUCUGUCCUCUUCAUUCCUCUGAUGUUGAUGCUACAUUGAGCUCAGGUGUGUUUAUACCCUGAGCUCUUCUGAGGUCUUAAAGUCUUAAAAUCUCCUUCGUUUGCAAGCCCAAAGGCAUCUCAUCUAAGCAGAAAAGCUGCCCUGCUCAUCAAGGUGGGCCCAGUUCAUCUAGUGGAGUGGAAGGAGCCCUGGACUGGGGUCAGAUGACAUGGAUUUGGUUCCCAGCUCCAUCAGUUAUGAUUUUGUCCUCUGGAUCCUGGAACCAUCAUGCCCAUCUGCCUAUCCCCCAGGGCUGCUGAGAGGAUCAAAUGAGACUAUGUUCAUGCUUUUAAAAACUCUAAUAAAAGGUCUUACUAGUUUCUUUUUUGGCAUGUAGCAGUGAUCAACCUGGAUCUAGACUAUUAAGCAGCAGAGAAAAGAACAGUAGUUUCUAAUGGGCUGGGUUUGCAAUCUGUCUCUAGAUGUGCCAUUUCAAACAAAAUAAAAAUGAAUCCAAAGGUGUGACAAAGUAUAGCUGCAAAUUGGAAAAAUGUUUUUCAAGAGUUGUGUUUUUUAGGUCUCAGAUGUGCAGGUUUAUGGUCCUACAGAGGGAAACUUUCUGAGGGGGGCAGAGUGGAGAGAGAGUUUCCCACGCAUCAUGCAGAGACAGAGAAGAACUGUGCUCCCCCUGCCCCUGCAGGAUCUGCCUUCCUCCAUCUGAGGGGCACCAUCCGUGAGGCACAGGGAAGGUUUAUCCCGGCAUGCACAGGAGAGUUGGGCAGAAUGAACCCCUACCUGUCUUUCUUGUUUUAUCGCAGUCAUUUUGUGCUGUUUUCUCUGGUUUGUUAAUAAAUUGAAACUACC